AUGGAGCGAUGGAGCCGGACUUUCAUUUUUGAUGACCCUGACUCCGAGAGGAACUCAUCACUCAGUCCUUCAGCUUGCAGCCCGCUCUGGUCUCACGAGUGUGGGAGCUCCUACUACACCACAGGGAUGUGUUCGAGAGUCAACUCCAACUUCAGGUUCUCCAAGACCGUGGCCCCAGCUCUGCAAAGGUGCCAGACCUACAUGGAUAUUGUCAUUGUUCUGGACGGCUCCAACAGCAUCUACCCCUGGGUGGAGGUUCAGCACUUCCUCAUCAACAUCCUGAAGAAGUUUUACAUUGGCCCAGGACAGAUCCAGGUUGGAGUUGUUCAGUAUGGAGAAGAUGUGGUACAUGAGUUUCACCUCAAUGACUACAGGUCUGUAAAAGAUGUGGUGGAAGCUGCCAGCCACAUUGAGCAGAGAGGAGGAACAGAGACCCGGACAGCAUUUGGCAUCGAAUUUGCUCGCUCAGAGGCUUUCCAGAAGGGCGGAAGGAAAGGGGCCAAGAAGGUGAUGAUUGUCAUCACAGAUGGGGAGUCCCACGACAGCCCAGACCUGGAGAAGGUGAUCCAGCAAAGCGAAAGGGACAACGUAACCAGAUACGCCGUGGCUGUCCUGGGCUACUACAACCGCAGGGGGAUCAAUCCAGAAACUUUUCUAAAUGAAAUCAAAUACAUCGCCAGCGACCCUGAUGACAAGCAUUUCUUCAAUGUCACUGAUGAGGCAGCCCUGAAGGACAUCGUUGAUGCCCUGGGGGACAGGAUCUUCAGCCUGGAAGGCACCAACAAGAACGAAACCUCCUUCGGGCUGGAGAUGUCGCAGACAGGCUUUUCCUCGCACGUGGUGGAGGACGGGAUUCUGCUGGGAGCUGUGGGUGCCUAUGACUGGAAUGGAGCUGUGCUAAAGGAAACAAGUGGAGGGAAGGUCAUUCCUCACCGCGAGUCCUACCUGAAAGAGUUCCCCGAGGAGCUCAAGAACCAUGGCGCCUACCUGGGGUACACAGUGACAUCGGUCGUGUCCUCCAGGCAGGGGCGGGUGUAUGUGGCCGGAGCCCCCCGGUUCAACCACACGGGCAAAGUCAUCCUGUUCACCAUGCACAACAACCGGAGCCUCACCAUCCACCAGGCUCUGCGGGGCGAGCAGAUAGGCUCUUACUUCGGGAGUGAGAUCACCUCGGUGGACAUUGAUGGGGAUGAAGUGACUGAUGUCCUGCUGGUGGGCGCACCCAUGUAUUUCAGCGAGGGCCGCGAGCGGGGCAAGGUGUACGUCUACAACCUGAGACAGAACCGGUUUGUUUAUAAUGGAACGCUGAAGGAUUCCCACAGUUACCAGAAUGCCCGAUUUGGGUUCUCCAUCGCCUCGGUUCGUGACCUCAACCAGGACUCCUACAACGAUGUGGUGGUGGGGGCCCCUUUGGAGGACAGCCAUGGGGGUGCCAUCUACAUCUUCCACGGCUUCCAAGGCAGCAUCCUGAAGAAGCCCAAGCAGAGAGUCACCGCGUCAGAGCUGGCUCCCGGCCUCCAGUAUUUUGGCUGCAGCAUCCAUGGACAACUGGACCUCAAUGAGGAUGGGCUUGUCGACCUGGCCGUGGGCGCCCUUGGCAACGCUGUGCUUUUGUGGUCCCGCCCCGUGGUUCAGAUCAAUGCCAGCCUCCAUUUCGAGCCAUCCAAGAUCAACAUCUUCCACCGGGACUGCAAGCGCAGCGGCAGGGACGCCACCUGCCUGGCCGCCUUCCUCUGCUUCACGCCCGUCUUCCUGGCACCCCAUUUCCAAACAGCAACUGUCGGCAUCAGAUACAAUGCCACCAUGGACGAGAGACGGUACACACCGCGGGCCCACCUGGACGAGGGUGGGGACCGAUUCACCAACAGGGCUGUCCUGCUCUCCUCCAGCCAGGAGCACUGUGAAAGGAUCAGCUUUCAUGUCCUGGACACUGCUGACUACGUGAAGCCAGUGACCUUCUCGGUUGAGUAUUCCCUGCAGGACCCCGAGCACGGCCCCAUGCUAGACGACGGCUGGCCCACUACCCUCAGAGUCUCGGUGCCCUUCUGGAACGGCUGCAAUGAGGAUGAGCAUUGUGUCCCUGACCUCGUGCUGGAUGCCCGGAGCGACCUGCCCACGGCCAUGGAGUACUGCCAGAGGGUGCUGCGGAAGCCAGCGCAGGACUGCUCCGCAUACACACUGUCCUUUGACACCACGGUUUUCAUCAUAGAGAGCAUGCGCCGGCGGGUGGCGGUGGAGGCCGUGCUGGAGAACAGGGGCGAGAACGCCUACAGCACAGUCCUAAAUAUCUCACAGUCAGCAAAUCUGCAGUUUGCCAGCUUGAUCCAGAAGGAGGACUCCGACGGCAGCAUCGAGUGCGUGAACGAGGAGAGGAGACUCCACAAGAAAGUCUGCAAUGUCAGCUACCCCUUCUUUCGGGCCAAGGCCAAGGUGGCUUUCCGUCUAGAUUUUGAGUUCAGCAAAUCCGUCUUCCUGCACCACCUGGAGAUCCAGCUCACCACGGGCAGUGACAGCGAAGAGCAGGACAGCACCAAGGAAGACAACAUGGCCCUACUACGUUUCCAUCUCAAAUAUGAGGCCGAGGUGCUCUUCACCAGGAGCAGCAGCCUGAGCCACUACGAGGUCAAGCCCAAUAGCUCUCUGGACAGAUAUGAUGGCACUGGGCCUCCUUUCAACUGCAUUUUCAAGGUGAACACGUCCUGUAACAUCUGGGGGAACAGCACUGAGUACCGGCCUGCCCCCACGGAGGAGGACUUGAGCCGUGCCCCACAGCUG